UACGUACCUAUACGGCAAGACGAGUGGUCACGUGACAAAAAUGACAAGUGUUUUGCGCUUGGACAGUUUACCGUCCGAUGUUCUGAUCUUAAUUUUUAAUUAUUGCAAUGCCUUCGAUUUGGUUCGACUCAGUGAAGUUUGUAUACGAUUUUAUUUACUUAUACGCGAAGAUACUCUGUGGAAGAGAAGAAGUAAUCAAGCCCUCGUGACAAAUCAAACCUCAGAACAAUUUCGUAAAAGAUGCAAUCCAUUACUAUGCCUACGUACAAAAUGGCAUGUCUCUAACAACUGGCAAUACGGGCGGUUCAAGAAAAAAUGUAUUUUUUCACAAAAAGCAAAGCUGAUGCCUUGGAUACAAUUAACUGCAGAUACAUUAUGGUGGUCUGGAGGUGAUAGACUUUGCGGUUUUAAAAGGGAUGAACACCGUAGAGGAACCGUACUUGUUUUUAAUGAAAAAGAUAUUGGAAGUGAUAUUUGCAAAUUUGUUACCAAAGACGAGUAUAUUUUAACUGGACAUAGAAACGGUAGUUUGAAAUUUUGGACUAAGGCAAAACGAGGUGACGACCAUAUUUGCUUCAGUAUAGACAGAGCGCACUCAACUGAUGUAAAUGAUGUAGAUAAAAUUGGUUCAAUUUUUAUAUCGGGUUCUGGAGAUGGAAUAGUAAAAGUUUGGAAAUUAUCCAGUAAAAGAUUCGCAGAUCCACCUAUGGCAAGUAUAAACGUGAGAGAUAGGAUAUGGUCUGUCAGAGCUGACCCAACAGGAUUAAAAUUUGCCGUAGGUUCGUCUGGAAAUGGUGAAGGAACACCUUUAAACAUAUUUGAUAUGGAAUGUUGCAGUAUAUCAAAUGUAUUAAAGCUCAAUUGGAGACGAGGAGCAGGAAUAUUAGACAUGGUUUGGGAUAACGCAAAUACUCUUCUUACAUGUGGAUAUGAUACUUAUAUCAGAAAAUGGGAUUUGAGAAGUGGAAUGUGCGUAUCAUCAUGGGGUGAUCCUACAAGUGCAACAUUGUACUGUAUUUCUUCAGAUUACAAUUAUACUUUAGUUUCUGGAACACAGUUUAAUUGUAAAGCUGUGUUGUGGGAUCAAAGACAGAAGCAGUUUGUACAGAUUUACUUCCUGAAUUGGCGCAGGUCAAGUCCUAUUUAUAGUAUUGCUUUUGACAGUUGCCAUCUUUACGGUGCCACAGAUCAACACUUGACCGAACUCACAUUCUCAGGAUAUGCUUAUAACGAAAUGAAUUAUAAAGAAAUGUUAACAUAUGAAUUUGUUCAUUUAACUUCAUGACCAUAGUGAAACAAACUAUGAAAAAUGUUUAAUUAUUUGUACAAUGCUUAUGUUAUAUAUAUAGCAUAUGCUCGAUUCGAAAAAAAGAACAAUUUAUAAUUGUCAACAUGACCAAUAAAAAAUUUUAAG